GCGAGAUAAAAAGAUAAUCGGAUGUGGAACUUUAAUCUUUAAACCGGAAUUUAAAGUGUCAAUGUCACACGAAUCCAAAAUCCAAUGUUAUCGUUUUACUUUUGGUUAUCAUCGUUUUUUUCAUUCGUUCGAACGAAUCCAAGUUAAAGUUAAGGGAAACAUGUGCAAUUAGAGAAGUUAAAACGCAACAAUUACGAUUUAAGUGUUUAUUUAUAUUUCAAUCUUAAGUAGUUUUUUAUACGACAUGGCGUUCAGACCCCUAACCGAAGCCGAAUGCGGACAGAUAAACCCCGUUUCGAAAUUAACGUCUCACGUAACCAGAGACCACACGUUCUCCGACAAUCAUGGCCAAGCCUUCCAGAGCAGCUCCGAUCAAUUGGUGGAGCAAUUCCUCCAGGAAACCCGGGCCAUUCCGCAGACCUUCCGAAUGGACGAUCUGCUGCGGGAAAUGCACGACAUCGAAUCUCAAAGAUCGGCCCUGCCGCCCAUUCCCGCCUCGACCGUGAAAGAUCAAUUGCACGACAACGCCUGGGCCCUUCAGUACAUCGAAGACGGCAAGAGAUUCAACGAGACGAUCUACAACAACGAGAACAUUUGGGCCGAGAUCAUUUCGCAGGAGCAAAAGGGCCGCGAUUUCCACGACUUCGCCGACAUUUGGACCAAUGAAAUACUAAACGACAAACAAGAACCCGAUGUUCUAUCGCACGAGGAUUUCCUCAAACUGAACGAAGGCGCCAGCGAUGUGGUGGAGAGCUGGAGCAGGGAGUACUUCGACAACGAAGGAGAUCCCUCGAAAACCAGCGGGAUAGUGGGCGAUAAAUGGGCGAAAGAGCACGUCGAGGCCCAGUCGAAAGACAACGAAUUCAACUCCGAGUUCUGGGACAACCUGCAGGAGGAAAUGAAGAAAGUCUCCGAAGGCGACGUCGAUCCCUCGCACCCUUGGAUAGACGAAUUCAACUCGUACUACAACAUCACCACUAAAGAAUACGAAUACAGCGAAGACAAUCCGAUGUUAGACGUGCCGAAUCCGCUGGAAAGAGGCCGGAAGUACCUCGAACAAGGCGACUUCCCCAGCGCCGUGUUGUGCUUCGAAGCGGCCGUCAAACAAGACCCGGACAACUCGGAGGCCUGGCUGUUGCUGGGCACCACCCAGGCCGAAAACGAGCAAGACCCCAAAGCCAUACCGGCCCUCAAUAAAUGCCUCCAACUCGACCCCGCCAACCUCAAAGGUCUCAUGGCCCUGGCCGUCAGCUACACCAACGAAAACUACUACAACCAGGCCUGCCAGAUGCUGCUCAGCUGGCUGCAGCACAACCCCAAAUACCAAGACAUCGCUACUCCCAACAUCAAGCUCUCGGGGCAAGUUACGAGCCUGCUGGUGGACAGCGAUCACCAGAUCAUCCAAGAUUUGUUCAUCAAGGCGGCUCAAAAGAACCCGCAGGAUGUAGAUUACGAAGUGCAAUGCGGUCUAGGCGUGCUGUUCAAUUUAACCGGUGAAUACAACAAGGCGGCCGAUUGUUUCACGGCGGCCCUUUCGGUGCAGCCGGACGAUGCGAGGCUAUGGAACAGAUUAGGGGCUACUUUGGCCAACGGUUCGAGGCCGGAGGAGGCCGUCGAAGCUUACCACCGCGCUUUGAACAUAUCGCCGGGUUUCAUAAGGGCUCGGUAUAACGUGGGGAUCACUUGUAUCAAUUUGCACGCGUACAAAGAGGCCGCCGAGCAUUUUCUCACGGCCCUCAAUCAGCAGGCUAGAGGGAAGGAUGCCGCGAACGCUGGAUCGGUGUCUCAGAUGUCCGAUACUAUUUGGUCUACUCUGCGGAUGUGCGUGUCUUUAAUGAACAGGGGCGAUUUGAAAGUGUUUAUCGAUAAGAGGGAUUUGAGUGAAUUGAAUAGAGCGUUCGGGAUCGAUUAGGAUUGGGUCGGUGCUGGAAGGUUUGUGGUUAAUUGUGAAAUUUGAUGGUAAAUCGAUUAAAUGCGUGGCGGGUGCUAUGAAGAUUCAAUUAUAUUUUUUUUCUUAUGGUUUUCGUAAGCACCAUUUGUCUGUCGCGGGAAUUAAAUUGUCUACGAGGGAAGAUUGUGAGAUAUGUCGAUGAGAUAAUCGGGAUUGGAUAAUUGUUUUAGUUUGUUGAAAUGUUUAGGUUUUAUUUUAUGCUAAUUUUAUGUUUCUUUUAUUUAAUUUUAAUCGAACAUGUCAACAUGUUGUAUACCUAUAGGUAGCCUUACAAUUUUAUAAAUUUAGUUUUAUGGAGAUUAUUUUGUUUUAAACAAAUAAAAUUAUUUCAAUAUAAUGAACAAUCGAA